UGUUUUACAUCAUUUUCAAAGGCCCUCCCAUUCAGCGGUGACUCGAAAGAUUUCAAUCAUCGGAGACAGCUACCGCCAAACGAACCUUUUACAGGAGGUUUCGCUAUGGACAAGAAUUCUGCAAGAUAUAAUGUACAGUUAUAUAUUUAUGAUCUUUCUCGAGGAAUGGCGCGCAGCCUCAGUCCUAUCAUGCUUGGAAAGCAAUUGGAUGGCAUAUGGCACACAGCCAUCGUGGCAUAUGGAGAUGAGUUCUUUUUCGGAGGAGAAGGAAUCUCCAGCUGUUCGCCCGGUGGAACGAUGCUGGGACCCCCAGACACAGUUGUGGAACUCGGUGAGACGGAAGUUUCAGAGGAGAUCUUCAUGGAAUAUCUCUCAUCCUUGGGAGAAAGCACUUACAGAGGUGACAGGUAUCGAUUGUUUGAGCACAACUGCAACACGUUCACCAACGAGGUUGCUCAGUUCCUAACGGGCAUGCCCAUCCCCUCCUACAUCACUGACCUCCCAUCCGAAGUCCUCGCCACACCGUUUGGCCAGAUAUUGCGGCCCAUUCUGGACUCCAUCCACAUCGCGCCCCCCGGAGGAAACGUCAUCAACGGCGGGAGAAACAUCUAAACUGAAGGAGCAACGCACUCGUAGGCUCACUUCCAUUGGAGUCAGUCAACAAGGAGUCAACAAUUAAGCCCCCCCCCCCCCCCCCCAUCAACAAGCAUCGCCAGAUAACCGGUCUUUGGAAUCACAACCUGGUGCCAUAUGCCUUUGGAAAAAAAGACGAUAUUAAGCCUUCAGGCGAAAGGCAGCAACAUAGAUUUUUUUUUUUAACGUUGCACUUACCAAAACAUGAGGCACACUUGCGCAAUCUGUUCGGAUCCAACACAAUAAUUGUUUUCAACAUUCUUCAUUGUCAGAAAGAUAUGAAUUUGAAAAAUGUUAUGGUGCGUAUAGUUGGCCAGAGUGAAGAUCUGCACUGCAGCUCUGACGGGAAGUUGCUCCACCACGGCAACGCUUUUCUCAACCAGGAACUGUCGGAUUCUCAGGGCGUUGCGAAUAAGGCCCGUUGUCAUGUUGAAGCAGUCUCGAAUUGUUGGCAUUUUGAACUUUUCGGACACGGCGCGUAUUUACAGUACCUGUGUGGGUCUCCAUAGGUUGUGUUGGUGUGCCGACUGAGACCGGUCGUCGCCGUGUAGCCUAAUAUGAUUUUCUUUUAAACCGUAAAACCGACUUACUGCUCGUUCCUAAUGACUUCGAUUUCAUCGGUGCAACUCUGGACCAGACAAGUCCAACAUUCUCAAAGCAACACGAUUCAUAUGGCGGCGCAGUUGUGAGACUUCUGCUGCUGACUUCAAUGGAGCACAUGUAUUUCAGAGACAUCUUUAAUAUAUAAUAGUAAUCUUUUCUUUGGUAAUUGUCCACCCCCCAGACCCUUUUUGCACCGUUUGAUUCAACUCGGCAUUUGCCGCCUCCUUCUGCUAUCCAUUCCAUUUGUGGCGCUCUUGUUUUACAAUGUAAGCGUACGAUUGAAUCUGCAGUUUUGGAAGCGGUAAAUACAACCCACGCUGAAGCUAUCAAAACUUUAUUGUUGUUCAGUAGUUAGUUUUCAAGCUCCAAUAAGGUGAUCAAAACCCUUCUUUGUACACCAGAAGUGUGCGCGUGUGUGAUACUCCAAAUCUGUGCCUUCAUUUCCCUCUGCUGAAUAACUUGACAUGUCUUAUCACCUUUUUUUUUUCUUGAAUG